AUGAUUAAACAUGUGUCAGAUCAUGAUACCAUAUCAGAGGAUUCAGACGAUCCAGAACAUUAUUCAGAUAUAGUUUAUUCGGAAGGUGAGGCCAUAGGGGAGAUCUAUGUGAAGGGUUCUGAUUCAUGGGAGUCCCUUGGCAAUUUACCCUUCUCUCCCCUUACUAUUUACGAUCCAUGCCACUUGGAAAAAGCUGUUCAUUGGAUAUGUGCAGACGUGACCAUUCCAAAUCUCAUAGUUUCCUUCAAUUUCGAGACUCAUGAAUUUGGGGAAAUUCCGGGCCCGGCCCAUGUGGGAAAGACUCAUGCAAAUCCAUUUUAUGAUUUAAACCUGGUUGUUCUUGGUAACCGUCUUUCAGUUUUUGAUCGUUUUACAACAAGACGAAUGUUUAAUAUUUGGGUAAUGAAGGAGUACGGCGUGAAGGAUUCAUGGAGUAGAGAAUUUGUGUUUGACACCACUGCUUGUGGUGUAGAUCUCUACCGUUUUUGUACACCUGUAACAUGCAGAAACGAUGGGGAACUUGUGGUGGUGAGUGUUCAUGGUUUAAUUGUAUUUUAUGACUUGUUGAAGAAGACGGGUAGAAUCGUAGAUCACCCGCCACUUAUAUUUCCAACUGGAGUAGUGAUGCAUACUCCUAGCUUAAUGUCAUUGAGGGAUGUUGUGAGAGGUACCAACUUGGAAGUGGUAAAUGUGGCACCAAGGCUUGCUGAUCCAAAUUCGAGCGCGCGUAACAAUCUAGAGAUAUCAACUUUCUCAGAGGAGGCCGGGGCUGCAAAUUGAACCGUUGGAUGUUCCUAUCCUAACCGCUGUCAUCUGAUCUGACUAGCUGCAUAGCGGGUUGAUCGUGACCUUAAGGGGUUCAAUCCUAGUAGUUUUGUACCAACAGUUUAUUACCUUAUGUGUUCUGGUACUAGUUUUUAAUGUUUAAAUGUUUGAUGACUUUUGUUUGGUUU